UUUCUUCCUCCCUCAUUUGGACGGCGGUGUUUGUGUAGUGAACGUUGUUUUGCGUUGUCGUGGCACGUGCUUAUAAAAUAAAAGAAAUACUUAUUUAUAAUACACAGUUUUCCUUAAACCGAAAAUAAACAUGGCAGACGCAGCCGUCGAAAAGAAGGAAGUUGCGACCGAGGAGGUCACUUCAACCGAAGCAGCGAAAGAAUCGCCGGUGAAGAAAUCUCCUGCGAAGAAGGUAGCUGAAACUGCAGAGAGCAACGGCAAAGAAGAGAAUGGUGCUGAGGCCACUGAAGAAACUCCCGCGGAAAAUGGAGACGCAGAAGAAAGCAAUGGGGAUGCGGAGGAAAGCAAUGAUGCCACAGAAAAUGGAGAUGCCACAGAAGUUAAAGAAGCUGGUGUGAAGAGGAAAUCAACCGCAGCGGAUAAUGGUGAUGCGGUUGAAAAGACCACACCAGAGAAGAAAGCCAAGGUUUCGGAGGAGAAAGCUCCCGCCGAAGCCGAGGAAGCAACGGCUUAAAGCCUUUAACAUUGGAAAUUUGGUUUACUGCAAUGCAUUUGUCCUACAGAGCCCAACUUCUAAUUUACAUAUAACUUGAAUUAUUUACACAUGUAAAAAAAUAGUUUCUUAUAGAUUUUACUAGUUGAUCUGAUUAGAAUGGAGUUGUGCUCUGAAGCGACCGCACUAACAUUAGGUUAUUUAUGUAUAAGAUUUAAAAAGUAUCCGAUGAAAAGUAAUCUCAAUAUUUCAAUGUUUGAGACAUAAUUUGUACGAUUUUUGAAGUUUUUUCAAUGUUCAAUCUGUCUGCUCACUGUUCAAUUAUUGGCUAUUUGCUGUUAUUUCAUAUGGUUAGUGAAUUUUUCUGAAGUCAAAAGUAAGUGUUAAUUUUCAGGGAUUGUGAACUGUUCAUGUUAAUUUACUCUAAAUAGAAACUAAGAAGAAAAGGUAAUAUUUCAAACUGUUUGAAUAGUUUUUGUCCAAUCUUCAAGGAAUAGUGUAAUGUGUCAAGUUAUUAACUCCUGAGGAGUAGAAGCAUUUUUUGGAUACUUUUUCCCCCGCGUGUAAUACAUUUUUGUAUUUAAUAUACCUGCAACGUACCUGUGUAAAUUAAUACAUGUUAGUCACAUUGUGAAUGUGCAUCGCAGUGAACCGAUCACUAAUUUCAGUGUUUGCUGUUUCCCUAACAUUGUCUUACUUUUACAUACGUAGGAGUUAAUUCUAAGUAUUAUAAACGCGACUAUUUGGUAAACGUAUUUACGCCACAAUACUGCCAAAGUUCACACAAAAGUGAAAAACUCACAAAAUCCGUUCUGUGAACGAUGCGUUUUAUACAUCUGUUUUUGGAUUUUAGUUAAAAAGUUCUAGAUAAUUCAGUUUAACUUUAAGUUAGCGGUUAAAUUUCGCACAUUUAUUACAUAGGCAUUAUUACUUAACCAUUGAAACAUUCCUUGACUUGGUUACGGAUUGCAUUGUGAACAAAAACAUGGCUCCAUUUUGCUGCUCCGAAGACAAGUACUUUUACUUAUGUAUGGAGUUAAUAUGUUCACUUUCGCAACGAUAAUUAUAAGAUUUGAAAUUAAAAAGUUCAAAGUUGACAAAUAAGGUGAUAGUUUCAUACUGAUAAUACUGUGUGCUAUUUUUAUUCUAUGGGUCUAUAUGUUUCUAAUUUCUUUUUGUUUAAUUUAUUUCGCUUCUCUGAGUUAAUUAUUCAAUAAUAAAAAUAAGGAUUUUCAGACGACUUUUAUAAAUAUUGAAUUCCUACUUUGUAUUCUGACAUAUUAACAAUUUGUACCGUGUUAAGGGAUAUAACGAUUUUAAAUUUUUCAUACUUGACGUAUUCGAAAUAAAUAUCUGAUUGAAAGUAAUUUAGUACUAGAAUUUAUAGUAGAGUGUACAUUUUGAACACGGCUCUAUGUGGAGUUUGUAUUUAUAAACAUUUCUGGCAAUAAAAUAGUCCAAUGAAAGGUA